UUGAGUCGGAGAUUGCUGACCUGAAGAGCCGUCUGACAGCUCAAGAACUUGAAAUUCAAAAGGCCAACUCCAAAUUUGAAUUCAGCGUCUCUGAACAAGAGAAGUUGAAGAAGAAUUUUGAGGCGGAGAAGAAAAUAUGGGCUGAUGAAAAGGCUUCACUGGUGACCCAGGCCGAGAUGGCAGAGGCAUCACUUGCAGAAGCAACAGCCGAGCUAUCCGGCUUAAAGCGCCAGAUAUCUCAAAUGGUCUCAGCCAUCUUCGGCCCCAGGAGCACAAACCUCAAGCAGAACAUGUUGAUCAAGCUGAAAGCGGUUUAUACUCUAGUGGAGCAACUGUACACCGGGUCACAAUGUGCUUUGGCCGCUGUAGCUUUAUCAAAUGACGUUCCCCACCUCCUGCGAGACGUGAUGAAGUGUCUUGUUGUGCUACCUCAAUGGGUCCAAGAUCUAAGGCGGGCGUCCUCAAGAGCCGGGGCCAUCGCCGCGUUGAGCCGGGCAAAAGCAUGGAUUCCAGAACUAGACCCGGCCGACCUCGCUCUUGGAUACCUGAGUCUGAAAGAGGAUGGGACCGUAUUUGAUGAACAGGAUUUCACCGCCUAUGUCAAAGAUAUACGCCCCGUGGCUACUCUCAUUGGGAACGAUACUGACCUUACCAAGUAUCAGCCAGGCUAUGACAGUGAGAACCGGAGAAUUCCAACACCUCCCUAUGAUGAAGUCAGCCUGAUCCCUCCAACUCGUAAGCAUACCUUUGCCCCUGAAGUGGACCCAGCCGGUUUAAUAGAUGAUGCAGCUGAGUUUGAAGCCUUGAGUGACAUUGACUGGGCCUCGUCAACCUUCCAGGACAGGGCAGCCGACGGAGAGGCGGAGAAGGAUAACCCGGAAUCUUCAAGCCCACCAAAGGAGUGAACCGCCAGGCGUUUAUGACUUUGUGAAAACAAUGCUUCAUUAUUCAGACUCGGGGAGUCUUGUAAUAGGGUAGA